AAGAGAGAAAUAAGCUAAUAAUAUAAGUGUCAGUCCCAGCAGGAAUCUCGGAUUCGCAGUUAUAAGCGAAGCGCACCAUCGGCAUCACAAUUCACACUCCACUGAUCUCAUUCACCAACUUCUUCUUCUUCUUCUUCUUCUCAAGAAUUCAACCAAAAGAUUCGAAGAAAACCAGUUUCUAAUUUGUUCCGAUCGGAUCCCCUGAUGUCGUUUGUUUCCCAAUGGAUGUGAUCUUCGAGCCAACGAAAGGAAGAGGGUUCACGAUCGAAGUGGGUUUCUUCGACACCGUUUUGGAGAUCAAAGAGAAGAUUCAGAAAUACCACCGCAUCCCCAUCCCCAAACAAACCCUAAUCUUUAAUGGCCACGUCCUUCAAGACGACCGCGACGUCGAAUUCUGCGAAAUCCUCCAAAACUCCCGCAUCAAACUCAUCGUUGCGCCAUCCGAUCACAACAACAGCAGCAGCAACAAUAAUAACAAUAAUAAUAAUAAUGCUGCCGCUGCUGCUUCUGUCAAGAUCGAAACUCCCAAUUCUCCAAUUUCUCCUUCCCCAAAUUCCAACAAUAAAAUGAUCCACCAUCUCCAAUCCCAAUUCCCCAUCGAGAUCGACCCCACCAAAGAUCAGAUUAUUAUGGAAUCCGCGGUGGUCCCUCUAAACGAGCUGUCCGACAACAAUUCGGAGAUUGAGGUGGUCUCGGCCGCCACGUCGGCGACGGCGGGCUCCACAGGGUCGUCGAAGAAGUUGAAAGUGAUGGUGAAGCCGAAAUGUGGGUCACAGAAGAUACCGAUGGAAGUGAACGCGUCUGACAACGUGGGGGAGCUGAAGAAGGAGCUGCAGAAGCUGCAGCAGAGACUCCAUUUUCAUCUCCCACAAGAGGGCUUCUUCUUCAUUUACGACCGUGACGUCAUGGACGAGGACCGCUCCUUCCGCUGGCAUGGCGUCGCCCACGGCGACACCAUCGAGAUCUUCAAUGGCAGUGUUACCGGCGGAUCUUGAUUAUAAAAUUAAAUUCAUUCUUUUUUCUUCUUAAUCCUUCUUUUUUAGUUAGUCUCUAGUACUCUAGUUUUUGAGACUCUGUUUAGCCAACUUUUCCAAGAAUCUUGGAG